UGUAGUUUGUUCCUAUUUACAAAAGGACUUGUGUUCCCUUUUCUUUCAUUGUCCAGCUUUGGGCAAUAAAUAUCUAAGGACCCCAAUGUAAAUAAGAAAUGACACCAAUGGAAAUAAGCAAGGACUCCAAUGGAAAUAAGUCAAGUUGACUUUUUUAUGGAACUGUAUUUAUGUGUGCCUGUACUAAAUAAACUUACUUCUCCAUAUAUGGGGAAGUAGGGCUCGAUACGACAUUAGCUGUCAGUGGUCCUUAUAAACCCAACAAGAAUAAUAUUCACGGCUUGAUCUCUUGGGUAAUGGUGAGCCAUGUUGGGUACAAGGACAACCAGGAGCAUUUGACUGCCAAGGAUCAUGCAUUUGCCGGUGCUGUUAGCGGGUUUCUUACUCGGGGCUUUCUACAGCCUUUGGAUGUUCUUAAAAUUCGAUUUCAGUUACAAGUGGAGUCGACAUUACGACGUGGUGGUGGUCUUUACCAUGGAGUCAUACAGAGUGCUGUCGUAAUAGUGCGCAGUGAGGGCCUAACUGCUCUCUGGAAGGGACAUGUACCUGCCCAAGCCCUGAGUAUCUGCUUUGGAGUAGCACAGUUCUGGAGCUAUGCAGUUCUGACCAAAACAGCUAAUGAACAUGGCAUUGGCGAGAGAUACUCAAUUCAUGGGGUGUGUGGAGCAUUGGCGGGAACAUGUGGCACACUUGCAUCUUUUCCAUGUGACAUUGUACGGACGAGACUCAUCGCACAGGGAACUCCCAAGCGCUACAAUGGGAUGGUGGAUGCCUGGAGAAAGCUGUUACAUCAAGAAGGAAUACUGAGUCUUUGGCGAGGCUUGGUGCCCACCUUGGCCAUGACUGCUCCAUACACUGGUCUUACCUUUUAUUUCUACAAUGCUUUCUUCAUUUUAGCUUCCAAGAGCUUUGGAGAUGGUGGUGAGGUGCCAUGGUUAAGCUCAAGUGCAGUUAGUGGGGUAGCAUCUGGAGUGUGUGCCAAGGUGUGCAUCUACCCUCUGGAUGUGCUCAAGAAGAGGAUACAAAUUCGGGGCUUUGAGGAAGCCCGCAGGCAGUUUGGCAAGGUUUGUUCUGAAUAUGUCGAUGAAGUUUAUAAUUGCAAGGGCCAAGACAUUUAUAUUUUUAAGUUUUGUACAGUAAACUACUGAUUAAGACUAGAUCUGUUAGGACAUUUUCUUUAAAUGAAGGUUGAAAAUUUGCGGUGUUAUUUAGAAGAUUGUGAUGCCAUGAUGUUAAUUUGUGAUGGUACAAAUUUAAGGAAAAAGUAUGGAAUGUCAUGGGAGUUUUCCUCUCUGCCUCAUGGCCAGCCUAUGGGUCAAACCAUUGUCUUUACAUUGGAAUGUCUAGUCACACUUAAUGUAUACAACCUCCCAUGCCUUGGUUCUCCAUGCAUCCCAUUCCAUAAUCUUUUUUGUGUUAGUGAAUUAAUUUUUGAUCUUUUCAUCAUCAUGUCUCAUGUCUGGAUAGUAGAUUGCUUCACACUUGAUAAUUCCUGUACUCAUCCAGAAUUCCUAAUGCAAUGUUUUUCCACCAAAUACUUAUUUAAUACAACCACUGGAUCAUGGAAUUAUUAGGACAUUUAAGUUAUAACUACACAUACCAGAUGAUGCAGAAACUUGUUGCAGCAGUGGAUGCUGACUGAGACCUUAGAGUAAGAGACUUUUGGCAUAAAUUUAUUAUAGCAGAUGCCAUCAGCUACAUCAAAAGCACAUGAAGCAAAUUGCUCCAGUCAGCAUUAAAUGCAAAGUGGGAAAAAUUAUGGCUUAGUGGUGAAUAAUUUCACAGGAUUUUUCCUCAGUUGAGAGCCAGGUUCAGAAAAUUGUUCACCUGGCAAGUGAGGGCCUUGAAGAUAUGCAUAAUGUGAAUGAGCUCUUAGAAUACGAGAAAGAAAAAAGUCCAAAGGAAAUGUUGGCAGAGCUCAGUGCCCAGAUACAAGGGUGACAGAUAACAGACUAAGAUGAGGAAGAACCUGAAGAAAAACAUUUAACAUUGCAACAGUUAUAUGAGAAUUCCAUGUUACUGAUUAAGCUGCAAAUUUUUUUGCUGAAGAGGAUGCUGACAAAGCUAGAAGCACUGCUCUGAAAUUGGGUCUGGAGCACCCAAUGAUACCUUACCAUCAGCUGCAUAAAGUAGUGCAGGGUAAAACAGACUAAAGACACAUUGCAGAAUUCUCCAGUACUCAGGUACAACCAUCAACAUCAGUGCAAGAACCUCAGCCAUCCACCUCAACUAACAAUCCAAAAUCUUCCAUCUUGGCCCAGUAGGGCCGUACCAGCAGCUAGCAAUCAGAAUUUAAUGGAAAUAUUAUUUAUGUAACACCUGUAGUGUUACAUAAAUAAUAACAUUUUUAGUAUAUUUUUAAAUGUUUAUACAGUAGUGUACUGUACAGAGGAACCUUGACUUACGAGUGCCCCAACAUACGAGUUUUUAGAGUUACAAGCCGUCACUCGGUCGAUUUUUUGCUCUGAGUUACGAGCCAAAAUCUGAGUUAUGAGCAAGCUUCAGAACGCCGCCACUAGUUCGCACAGCGAACACCACAACAUCCACUCAGCAGUGCAUGUGUUUACCUCAAUGUGGAAGCAUUUCUCUUGUGUUGUGCUUGCAUUAUGUGCAGUUAUUUUUGCCGAAUUUCUUUUUUCUAACCAUGGGUCCUAAGAAAGUAAGUGCAAAGGACAGUGCUGAGAUGAAAAAGAGGAUGAUGUCCAUUGCAUUAAAGAAUGAAAUCAUAGAUAUACAUGAGCGAGGUGUGCGGGUUGUGAACUUGGCCAUGCAGUACUAGCGUAGCACUUCUACGAUAUGUAUGAUACUAAAGCAGGAGUUGAUAAAGGCUAUAAUGCCAACCAAGUAUAUAGCAAGUAGCCUGUCUUUUCCACCCUCCACCUCUGCCAGCAUCUGUUCUCCAAGGUACACUUUAUAAAACCAGUUUAUUUCUUUACAUUCUCUAUUAUAGGUAGUAGGUUGGUAGACAGCAACUGCCCAGGGAGGUACUACCGUCCUGCCAAGUUAGUGUAAAACGGAAACCUGUAAUUGUUUUACAUGAUGGUAGGAUUGCUGGUGUCCUUUUUCGAUCUCAUAAACAUGCAAGAUUUCAGGUACGUCUUGCUUACACUUAGGUCACACUACACAUACAUGUUCAAGCAUAUAUAUACACACCCCUCUGGGUUUUCUUCUAUUUUCUUUCUAGUUCUUGUUCUUGUUUAUUUUCUCUUAUCUCCAUGGGGAAGUGGAACAGAAUUCUUCCUCCAUAAGCCAUGCAUGUUGUAAGAGGUGACUAAAAUGCCGGGAGCAAGGGUCUAGUAACCCCUUCUUCUGUAUAAAUUACCAAAUUGAAAAAGAAACUUUUGUUUCUCUUUUUGGGCCACCCUGCCUUGGUGGGAUACGGCCGGUGCGUUAGAAGAAAAGAAGAUAUACACACACACAGUGGAUCCUCGGUUAUCGGCCGUAAUCUGUUCCAGAAGCUCGGCCGAAAGCCGAAAUAAUAAUUCCCAUAAGAAUUAAUGUAAUUACAAUUAAUCUGUUUCAGACAAAAAUAUUCACCAAAAUUUUUUUUUUAACAAUUAAAUCAGUAUUUAUUACAUACCUUUAUUGAAGAAUAAUGCUGGCUUCUGGAAUGCCUGCUACACUUCCUGCAUGCCUGUUACACUUCCUUGCAUGCCUGUUACACUUCCUUGCAUGCCAGUUACACUUCCUGCAUGCCUGCUACACUUCCUGCAUGUCUGCUACAUUCCCUGCAUGCCCGUUACACUCCCUGCAUGCCUGAUACACUUCCUGCAUGCCUACUACACUUCCUGCAUGCCUGCUACACUCCCUGCAUGCCUGCUACACUUCAUGCUUAAAUUCCAUGGUUUCUCACUUUCUUUACCACAGGAACUUUACUAGGAACCUUCUUUGGAGCCAUGGUUACUUAUUUUGUAGUUGCACUGCAGAAAACCAAAAAAACAAUGGAAAACAAGCGAAAUGUUAGGAUGUAUGAGCAGAAGCAUCCUCACGCACCGAAAGACACAGCCAAACUGACGCUCAAGCGGCCCCAGCCGGUGCACGGACAUAUCCGAAACGGCUGAUCACUGAAAUAACUGCCAAUCACCGGGAACCAAAAAACUGGCCGAUCACCGAGUUGGCCAAUAACAGGAACAGCCGAUAACAGAGGGUCCACUAUAGUAUAGAAUAUGUAUAUAUAUUUACAAUUAUGAGACCUAAAAAUAUUUGCCAUUUUUGGUGGUCUGACAUACAUAAUUUUAUUUUUUGAUUAGAUGCCAUUUUCAAAAAUGUAAUUACCAUUUUAAUUGGCGGUCAGCUGGGUUUUCAUCCAAGUCACCCUGCCUUGGAGAACAUCGUUAAGGUAUAGAGAGAAUAAAAGCAAUGGAAUAAUUGCUCUUGAUAGCUGGAAUCCAGUGCUUUAUUCAUUUUCUAUUUGUUAAUUAUAAUUAGUGCAGCACUUAGGCACCUAUCCCAUGAGUUGUUAUAAGUGUGUAUUUGUAAUAGUAAUUGUAUGUUUCAGUGCAUAUAAUGUGCCCCUCCUACCUCUGAAGUCAGCCUCUCAAGGGAGGUUCUUCACUGCUAGUGAAGGGCUCUUGAUUCAAGCAUUUGUACCUGCACUUCUCUUCCUUGGAUUGAAUUUGAAUGCCUCCCAUUUUCCCCAGGAGCUGUAUGACUUCCUAAGGGAUUUGCUAUUUCCCCACGAAUGUAAUAAUAAUACCUCUGAACUCAGGAAAAGCUUUUUGCUGGACUUGGCUUAAUAAUGAUGAAAUGUUUAAGCUAUUUUCAAUUUUUUUUUUUUUUUUUUUUAAGAAUGAACAAUUAUUUGUUGAAAAUCUUAUUAAAGAAAGUGUUUUUUUCAUAUCUGAGUGUCCCCUUUCAGAUCAGAAACAUUUGUCUUGCACUGUUCUAGUCACCAAUCAACCAGUGCUUUGUAAUAUUUUAUCUUCUGCCAAUGUAAUUAUAAAUUUGUAUGUACUUAAUUUUUGUUUCAAAUUAUAUCUGAUAAAUUUCC